AUGUAUGGCCGCUGUCUGCACCGGCUUUCCCGCAGCGCGCCCGGCGUAUUGGGUCGUCAGUGGCAGUCGGCCUUCCCGCAGGGCACCAGCACAAAAGGAGGGACAAAUACGGAUGCACACAUUUUUACACGUAGUGCCUCUCCUAUUCACAUGUAUGCCAAUAAGGAGAAUGCGUGGAAGGAUUACACGGACGAUCGCUUCUAUGGUGCAAAGCGGAUGAAAGAGUACUGGGUACGCAUGAUGUAUGAUCGUGGGGCUCGCUAUUACGUGUUGGCCACCCUUGUGGCAAUUAUGUUGGCUGGCUCGAAGUUGUGGUCGUUGCAGGAGAAGCAGAAGAGAUUAUUAGGGCUUAUAGGCCCGAAGAAAAAAAACUAUCGAAGUCGGCUCACCGUCGUACUGGAUGUUGAUGAGACAAUUGUAUCGUACGGGGACAAGGCGUUCCGCAUGAAGGCUGGUUUGGUACCACGACCCUACUUGGCGGAGUUGUUGGAUUAUCUUUCGUUCAUAGAUGCGGAGGUUGUGCUGUGGUCAGCAUGCAGCGAACGGUACAUGCAACAGGUGCUGAACGUGAUCGACCCGUCGGGUAUACGGGUGUCGCAAUGUAUCGUCCGCAACAGAGAUUGGUUUACGGGUGACAACUAUUACGAGAAGAACAUUUUAUGGUUGAAACGCCCGCUGGAGGACACACUUAUCGUUGAAAACCGGCCGCUGAGCGUCCGAAAUUGCAAUGCUAAUGCCAUCCUUGUAGAUGACUUUAUUCGUGCUGAGUAUAUGGAUACGGGGAAGGACUACCCAUCGAACGACAAUGCGCUGCGUACACUCAAGGCGAUUAUUCAAGAUUUACAUGAGUCAGGACUGCCUGUGAAGGAGUACCUCGCGGAUGCGAAGCGGCGCAACAAGGACAUCAAGGAAAUACCGUGCCAUUUGGCCUUCCGGCAGCUGCCUGAUGAGUUGGCGCGUGGGGUGUUUUACUUCAUUGGUGAGAAGUACAAGCACAGUAGCGCUUCUUGA